GUUCUCCCACAGGGAUGACUCUAAAUAAAAUCAUUAACUCUGUUUCAAUACCUCACAGAGAUUCGCUAGACUUCUCCUCCUUCAGACCAUGACUUCUUAGGGCGUUUCUUUCUGUUGUUUUAUCCGUCUUGUCGGAGAAUCGGAGCUUCCAAUCUUCAUAUAAAUAAAGCUUACAUUUUUGGGAAAUUCCAAAACCCUAAGAGCUUCGAUGGCUAAAACAAGACCUGGGGUCAGUACUAGCUCCAAGAGCGGACCAGGGAGGAAGGAGCUCGAUUCUUACAUCAUUAGAGGCACCAACAAAGUCGUACGAGCUGGGGAUUGCGUUCUGAUGCGUCCAUCAGACGCUGGUAAGCCUCCAUACGUGGCCCGUGUUGAGAAAAUCGAAUCUGAUGCUCGUAAAAAUGUUAAGGUUCAUGUAAGAUGGUAUUAUCGGCCGGAGGAAUCUCUAGGAGGUCGGAGACAGUUCCAUGGAGCCAAGGAAUUGUUCUUGUCGGAUCACUGUGAUGUGCAAAGUGCCCAUACCAUUGAAGGGAAAUGCAUUGUUCACACAUUCAAGAACUAUACAAAGCUCGAGAAUGUUGGGGCUGAGGAUUACUAUUGUAGGUUCGAGUAUAAGGCUGCCACCGGUGCUUUUACUCCAGACCGAGUUGCCGUGUACUGUAAAUGCGAGAUGCCGUACAAUCCAGAUGACCUCAUGGUGCAAUGCGAGGGUUGCAAGGACUGGUAUCACCCGGUCUGUGUUGGAACGACCAUAGAGGAAGCCAAGAAGUUGGAUCACUUUAUGUGUUCUGAAUGUGACGCCGCUGGUGGUGGUGAUGAAUAUGGCAAGAGAUCACAGAACGGAUUCGCGUCAUCACCAACAGAUGAUGUCAAAGUGGAGCCAAAACGCCGGAAAAGAUAGAGCAACGUUCUUCCGAGGAAGAUGAAGAAGAAGAGGGAAGUUUUGUUGUUGGGUAAUGCGAGUCAGAUCGUUCUUCAUCUAUUACCUGUAGAAUUUUGAUUCUGCCCAUUGGAAGAACGAAAAAGAGGAGGAAAAGGGGAAAUGGCUGUUUGUGUUCUGUACAGAGACCGGUCAUCGUCUGUGAUCUAUGAUGUUUCUUCCUUCUAUUGACAGAACCAAAAGAUUCUGGUUUUGUCAUUGGGGAAACUCAGUAAUAUCAUGUGUAGAUGUGAAUAACAGGUUUUGCCGAUGGUUUUAACCAGAUAACGAAUGUUUA